GAGGAGUCAUGCAUAUAGGACUGGAACUCCUAAUCAAAUCGUAGGUAAAGUAAGCCAGCAGCACAACCAGCAGACAGACAAGCAAAGAUUCCAGUGGAAUCUAAAGAUGGGGAAAACACAGAGUGUCCUUGAGAAGAAAGGAUACACUACCCAGAAGGAGGUAGCGAACGGUGUCAUAGCUACUGACAAACAUGGGGACCAGUUCGUCAUUAAAGAGAUCAAACUGAAUGAGACAUCUGUCCUGAACUCCAGUGCUGGAGAAAUUGUCUCAGAGGUUGAAUGCCUCAGACAGAUUAGUCACCCCCACAUUGUAAGCUACAAAAACUCAUUUCCAGAGGGUAACUGCUACUAUAUAGUGACAGACCAUUGUGCGAAGGGAAAUCUCUGUCAGAAGAUAGAAGAGCAGAUGACAAACCCUACAGAAGAGUACUCUGAGAAGAUCAUGGACUGGUUUGUCAAGAUCUGCAUGGCCCUGAAGCAUGUACAUGAACAGGGCCUUCUUCACCGAGAACUGAGACCCCUGAGCGUACUUCUCACAGAAUUUGAAACACUUCGUUUGGGAGCGUUUGGAAGUGUCAAUGAAAAGACUACCAACGAGGAUGGAAUGGUGGGUUAUUUAGGCCCAGAGAUUCUAACUGGUGGAAUGUAUGACACCAAAAGUGAUAUUUGGUCCUUGGGAUGUGUGCUGUAUGAGUUGUGUAUGCUUCAGGGUGCAUUCACUGCAGUGAAAACAACGGACCUCAUUAAAAAUAUAUUGAGGGGAUCUUACCCAUCCCUACCAAAGAGCUUCUCAUCUUCCAACAAGACCCGACCAUUAGGCCUUCAGCUGGUGACAUCAUGGCAAAACCCUUCAUUAUCAGUUUCCUCAAAAAAAAGAGUGAGAAAUCUGUGGAGGAACUCCAGACAACCUUGGACAAGCUGAGAACUCUGGCAGGUGGCUUGGAGAGUAUUCACAAAGGCACCACCAUAGGCAGUCUGACAGGAGGUGUUAUUGGGGCAGCUGGAGGAAUCACCUCUUUAGUCGGGCUUAUCCUGGCUCCCUUCACUCUGGGCGCCUCCCUGAUCGUCACUGGAGUGGGUAUUGGGGUGGCUGUCACUGGUGGCGCCACAGCAGGAGUAUCCAACAUCACCAACAUGGUCAAUCAGUCCACUGACCGCCGAGCCAUGAAAAACAUCAUCAAGGAGUUCCAGGAGAAGAUGAACUCUGUGGUGACAUCUCUACAAGACAUCGCUGAGGGUUUGGAGACACUCAUGAAAAGUAGCUCUUCUAAGACAGAAAGUGCCGGUUUAAAUGUAGAGGCCGCUGCUAGUGCUGGGGUGAGGGUUGGGAAAGGCGUUGCGGGCACCACAGAGCUCUUCCGAUAUCUCCGGGUAGCCAAUAUUGGCAAGGUGGCAGCCCAAACUGCCAGGGCAGUGCGUGUGGCAGAGGUGGCGACAGGAAUAUUUUCCGCUUUUUUUGUAGCGGUUGAUAUCUUCUUCAUCGCCAUGGAUGCCAAAGAGAUCCACAACAUCCGACAUGCGAAGGAAAAUGAUACCAGUAAGUUAAAAGUGAUGGACACAGACUCCUUCACUGAGCUGAAGCCUGAAUGUGAAGAACCAAAGGCUGAGGUCAAGUCAGAGACCAUGAAGUUCAUCCAGACGAUCAGACAGACAGCUGAACGGCUACAGGAGAGCCUGGACGAACUGAGGGAUGUCAUCUCGUUCAUUCCUGAGAUAGAGGACUGUUACUUCGACGACUGACCUACUCAGUGAUUAUAUUAGAUGCAUAAACAACAGAUCCAAUCAUACUUUAAUAUGCAACUUGUCUGCAAAAGGCAGGCAUAGGCAGAUUGCCUUUCUGAUUCCCAGAACCUGAUUAAAUCCUCAAGACAUUGCUUGUAGAACUCAGCUACGAUAACUAAGUGGUAAAAGAUCAAUAUCACAGACGCCUCUACUUCUGAAACAUUUCAUUUUGUACCAUAACCUUUAUUUUUUAAUUACUGCAGUAAUGGAGCUUGUCAACGAGCCCCCCAAGAGUCUGGCCCCCAACUCCUCUCCCACGGUACCCCAGUACAGAAACAUUAACCCAUGCUUUAACUCAUGCUUUGGAAUGCGGUCUUGCACACCAUCCACCCCUUUCGAGUAUAUAAUAUAUAAUAUACUAUAAUAUAUCAUUUAUAAUAUAGUAUAAUGUUCAGUCUCUGGAUAUAAAAUAGACGAGUUCAGAGCGAGAAUCUCCUUCCAGAGAGACAUCAGGGAUUGUAACAAUCUCUGUUUCACGGAAACAUGGCUCUCUCGGGAUAUACUGUCUCUGUAAGUAGAGCCAGCUGGGUUCUCAGUAUAUCGUGCAGACAGAAAUGAAGAACUCUCCGGGAAGAAGAAAGGAAGGGUGUAUGUUUCAUGAUUAACCACUCAUGGUGUGAUUGUGAUAACAUAUAGAAACUCAAGUCCUUUUGUUCUCCCAACCUAGAAUACCUCACAAUCAAAUGGCGACCGUAUUACCUCCCAAGAGAAUUCUCUUCGAUUAUAGUCACAGCCGUGUAUUUUCCACCUCAAACUGAUACAACAACGGCCCUCAAAGACCUUCACUGGACUUUAUACAAACUGGAAACCACAUAUCCUGAGGCUUCAUUUAUUGUAGCUGGGAUUUUAACACAGCAAAUUUGAGGAAAACGCUACCGAAGUUCUACCAACCUAUUGACUGUAGUACUCGUGCAGCUAAAACACUCGACCACUGCUACACCAACUUCCGGGAUUCCUACCAAGCCCUCCCCCACCCUCUCUUCGUCAAAUCUACUCAAGACUCCAUUUUGCUCCUCCCUUCCUAUGGGCAGAAACUCAAACAGGAAGUACCUGUGCUAAGGACUAUUCAACACUAGUCUGACCAAUCAGAAUCCACACUUCAAGAUAGUUUUGAUCAUGCAAACUGGGACAUGUUCCGGGGUAGUUUAGUCCCAGGGUUCUUAGCUUAUUGCUGAGCUUUGAGGGCGCUAUGGUGUUGAACGCUGAGCUGUAGUCAAUGAAUAGCAUUCUCACGUAGGUGUUCCUUUUGUCCAGCUGGG